CCCUCCCCUCCUCCAGACUAAUCGCUGACCAAGGAGAUCUCCAAAGGGCUGAGCACUUUGUGGGAUCGUCCUUGUCCCUCCUUGUUUGCCGAGUCAAGGGUAUCUCUUUGCAGGCUUGGAGAGAUGCUGUUACUCCUGGUGAUGUGAUUGCAUAGCAACACAGCAGCGCUGGGUGGUGGAGGAGGAGAGGCCGGCAGCGUGCGACAGCAGCGCUCAGCCUCAGCAUGCAUCCCUGUCACAGGGACUCCUUUGCUGAUUCACAGAGGCAGACCCAGUCCCUGCUCCCGAAGCCUGGCGACCGCUGCCCCUCAUCUCUCGGACCUGGUGGACCUGGAAGGUGCUUGUGCCCAGAGCUGUCUCCAUCCCCAUGAACAUUGGUUCUGAUGCAGCCCUUGGUGAUGCAGGAAUGGCCCUAUGUCCUCCCGCGAUGUCCUGAGUGGCACAUCACAGAGCAGGUGCAGCACAGCAACACUGCCCACUCACUGUCUCAGGUUGAAGCCUCGCAGGAUGGUGCAGGACCUUCCUGUGUAAUCCCCCGGGCUCCAAGCAGCGCUGCUGGGCUCCAGGCCCCUCUGGAGAUGAAUCUUUGCUGGAACGAGAUCAAAAAGAAAUCCCACAGCCUUCGGGCUCGGCUGGAGGCCUUUUCUGACCACAGUGGAAAACUGCAGGUGCCUCUCCAGGAGAUCAUAGACUGGCUCGGGCAGAAGGAUGAGGAGCUCUCGGCACAGCUGCCCCUGCAGGGGGAUGUCCUCCUGGUGCAACAGGAAAAGGAGACGCAUGCGGCUUUCAUGGAAGAAGUGAAGUCUCGGGGGCCAUACAUUUACUCUGUCCUGGAGUCAGCACAGGCUUUCCUUUCCCAGCAUCCAUUUGAGGAAUUAGAAGAAACAACUUCGGAGAGCAAAGAUGUAUCUCCCCGACACCGGAUCCAAAAUAUCAGCCGUUUUGUCUGGAAGCAGGCGAAUGUGGCCAGCGAGCUGUGGGAGAAACUCACAGCCAGGUGCGUUGACCAGCACCGUCACAUCGAACAGACACUGGAGCAGCUGCUAGAGAUUAAAGGAGCCAUGGAGGAGCUCAGCACCACACUGGACCAGGCUGAAAGUGUGCGUGAAACCUGGGAACCCAUUGGGGACCUUUUCAUUGACUCCUUGCCAGAACACAUCCAAUCGACCAAGCUGUUCAAAGAGGAGCUCUCCCCAGUGAAGGAUGGGGUGAAAGUAGUCAAUGAUCUUGCGCACCAGCUUGCCAUCUCAGAUGUCCACCUGUCCAUGGAGAACUCCCGUACCCUGGAGCAGAUCAACAUGCGCUGGAAGCAGCUGCAGGCUUCCAUAAAUGAACGCCUGAAGCAGCUCCAAGAUGCCCACCGCGACUUCGGACCAGGCUCCCAGCACUUCCUUUCCUCAUCUGUCCAGGUCCCCUGGGAACGAGCCAUUUCCCCCAACAAAGUGCCAUAUUACAUCAACCACCAGGCCCAGACAACAUGCUGGGACCACCCGAAGAUGACAGAGUUGUACCAGACACUGGCGGAUUUGAACAACAUCAAGUUCUCAGCAUAUCGGACAGCUAUGAAACUACGACGGGUGCAAAAAGCCUUGCGAUUGGACAUGGUGACCUUGGCCACAGCCUUGGAAAUCUUCAAUGAGCAUGAUCUGCAGCCCAGCGACCGGGCGAUGGAUGUGGUAGAGGUCAUCCACUGCCUGACUGCCCUCUAUGAGAGGCUGGAGGAGGAGCGGGGCAUCCUGGUGAAUGUGCCGCUCUGCGUGGACAUGAGCCUCAACUGGCUGCUGAAUGUCUUUGACAGUGGCCGCAGUGGGAAGAUGAGGGCGCUCUCCUUCAAGACGGGCAUUGCAUGUCUGUGCGGGACAGAGGUCAAGGAGAAGUUUCAGUAUCUCUUCAGCCAAGUGGCAAACGCUGGGGGACAGUGUGACCAGCGGCACCUUGGUGUCCUGCUCCACGAGGCCAUCCAGGUCCCACGCCAGCUGGGGGAGGUGGCGGCGUUUGGGGGCAGCAAUGUGGAGCCCAGCAUCCGCAGCUGCUUCCGUUUUAGCAACGGGAAGCCUGCCAUUGAGGCGUCCCAGUUCCUGGAGUGGGCCAACCUGGAGCCACAGUCCAUGGUGUGGCUGGCUGUGCUGCACCGGGUGACCAUGGCCGAGCAGGUGAAGCACCAUAUCAAGUGCUCCGUCUGCCGGCAGUGCCCCAUCAAGGGCUUCAGGUAUCGGAGCCUGAAGCAGUUCAAUGUGGAUAUCUGCCAAACUUGCUUCCUCACUGGCCGAGCCGGCAAGGGCAACAAGCUGCACUACCCCAUCAUGGAGUACUACUCCCCGACCACGUCCAGUGAGAACAUGAGAGACUUUGCCACCACACUGAAGAACAAGUUUCGGUCCAAGCAGUACUUCAGCAAGCACCCACAGAGAGGUUACCUGCCCGUCCAGUCUGUACUUGAGGCUGACUUCUCCGAGACACCAGCCUCCUCCCCGAUGUUACCGCACGCUGACACCCACUCCCGGAUCGAGCACUUCGCCAGCAGGCUUGCAGAGAUGGAAAAUCAGAACUGUUCCUUCUUCAGUGACAGCCUGUCCCCUGAUGAUAGCUUGGACGAGGACCAGUACCUGCUGCGCCAUUCCAGCCCCAUCACUGACAGAGAGCCUGGGGGCAGCCAGCAGGUUCCAGGAAGCCUCAACAUGGAUGACAAGGGAGAGCUGGAGCGAAUCCUGGCUCACUUAGAGGAUGAAAACAGGGUCCUCCAGGGAGAGCUGAGACGUUUGAAAUGGCAGCAUGAUGAGGCAGUGGAGUCUCCAACCUUGGCUACAGGCUCCCCUGAAUCAGUGCAAGAUCCACGUAAUGAUGAGCUCCUGGCAGAAGCACGAAUCCUCCGACAGCACAAGAGCCGCCUGGAGACCCGCAUGCAGAUCCUGGAGGACCACAACAAGCAGCUGGAGUCCCAGCUGCACCGGCUGAGAGAGCUGCUACUGCAGCCUCCAACAGAGUCAGAUGGCAAUGGUUCAGCAGCAUCUUCCUUGGUUUCAUCUCCACAUCAGUCUGAAGGCAGCCAGGCAAAGGAGAAAGAGCACAACACCCCUGACACCGAAACUGCAGAUGAGGUAGAAGCCAAAACCCAGGAGGUCGGCGUGUGCCUGGAAGACAUCAUGGAGAAGCUGCGGAGCGCCUUCCCCAACUCUCGAGCUUCCCUGCGACGGCCAAUCCCCCGCAGUACCUACAGCCAAGAGCUAUGCUGCCGCGGCGCUGCUGGGACUGGUGUGUGGCCUGGGUGCAGAGAGGAUGAGGAGGAGGUUUCACACCUGCAAGAAGAGGCAAUCAGAGCUGCCAAGAGUAUGGACCAACUCCUCAGAUGAGCUGCAAAGCAGCCUCCUGCCCUGCUUGGGACCCCGCACCCUGUGGGUCUCUCCCCUGCGAAGAUGGACAGACCUGCCAGCAUCAAGUUUGCAGUGAUCACCUUGAGCCACCUCCUCGCUGCAUCCCUGCCCAGAUCCCUUUCCAGGAGAGGUCGAGGCCCCAGUUAACUGGCACAAUGGAAGAAAUGGUGCAAGCUCUCCUAGCUGUUCAUGGAUGGCUCCUCCCUGCAGGGAUGGGGACUGGGAGUUGUAAGUGUGGACAGUGGUCCACUUGCCCAGUGGGUUUUGGGGUUGGUCUUUCUGCUGUCCCUCUGUGCUCCAGCCCAGGAGCAGCACUCAGUCCUUCACCCAGGCUGCCCAUGUGUGUGCCAGCAGGGAGACACUGCUCUGUGCCAGCACUAAUAUGAGGUGGGGGAGAGCUUCCCCAUCUGCUCUUGUAGACCCUUGGCCACUUUGUCAUUCCUGAGCAGGAUCCUUCUGGCUCUGCAGCAGCCCCAUCCUAACCAGGUGGCUCUGGGUCCUAUUUUCCUGACCAUUUCUCUUUCAGGUAUGACCUCCCUUAUCUAACAACUCCUGUGAGCCAGAGGCUUUUCCUAACCAGCUACCUGCCUGCUUUCCUACCUCCCCCUCUCCCUGCCAUGCUCCCUGUGCUGCGGCAGACCUCACACAGACUUCCUCUGAGAUGGUCGUGCAGGAUGCUUGUCAGCUCCAGAAGAUCUCAGGGCAACAUAGGUCAUGCAGGAGUGGGACUGUGGGCUCCCCAGGAGGCUGGCUCGGUAACUUGGCUACAAUGUCGAAGCCUGGGUGGAAAGGGUCAGAAGAACGAACUCAAGCGGUGAAAGGUGAAGGCUGCCUGUCUCUCCCAGCACUCCCUUGGGGGAUGCGAAGCUGAGCAUCCCGCUCCUCUUCAGUUGUGCCCAGGGGCCUCCAGGUUUAUGGGCACCAAAACUCUUCUGGAGCCAUACAGUUUUAAAAAGAACUCUUUCUAACAGCAUCUAGCUGCCAGCCUUAUGUACUCUCUCUGCCACCCAGGGCUCUACAGCCAGCCAGCACAUACGGUGUGGUGGGGAGAGUCUGUGAGAUUUACGGAGUAGGGAUGAGUCCAUGUUAGAGCUUCAGCCCAGCUAGUAGCCUUAUCUUGAGAGGGUCUUUAUAACAGAGCCUUAUCAUUUAAUUUGCAUAUAUUUAUAUAUAUUAUAUAUACAUGUUCUGUACCUAAAUACUUUCAUGGACUCACUCCAUUAAAUUCUAACACUUUAAGCGUAACUGUCCUUCACUUUCAGUCCAGCCCAACAUCCACUCCCGUGGGGACCAGCACCUUCCAUGUUGCUGGUGCUGCCUUGGAGCAGGACUGGGCACUCAGUGAAGGGCCGGACCAGCAGCAGGUACUCUGUCCCACCUGCUUUCCCAGGGAGCUGUGCCCCUGCACAGACAGAGAGCCUGUCCUGCCCAGACCCAGCUCCAUCCCUGGAGAGCCUGGGCUCCUGCGCAGCUCAUCCCCAUGGUGCUGCAGGAAGGGGUUUCUCCAGCCAUAGCUCCAGCCCUGGGGCCCACGGGAUGUUGGGCUGCAAUGCAGGAGCUUAGUGGUGUGGGCAGGCAGGGUGCCUCCUCGCUGCCCCCAAGGAGCAGCUGCCCUGCUGCUGUCCCCCAGUUUGAGCUGGGCUGAUGGGCCAGAGACAUUCCCUGGAAGCAAAUGAGUCCCAGUCCCACUGGGCAGUGGAGGAGGCUGUUCUGCAAGCUGGCAGGUAGCUCGAUGGUGGUGGCUCCUGGCCCCAAAGGCUUCCUCAGGGUGGCUGUCUCAUACAGUGUUAUGUCGAGAAAGAGGUAGAGUCAGGUGCUGUGGGGUGCCCCAGAGCGGAGGCUGAGAUGAUCCUGGUGCUCUGGGGCCACAGGUUGUGGAGGGGUGAGAUACCUGAGCUCACAGAGCAGGGUGCAUGCAGGGCUGCAUGCCAGUGUGACAUUCUGCCCAAAACAGGGCUUGCUGUGAGGACAGGGAUGGGGCUGUCGCUGGCUGGGACGGGAUGCAGGGAUGAGCUGUUCAGGGAGGUUCAGACCAAGGCGGUGUCUGGAGGCACAGGUGCAGUCAGUUUCCAUGUGCCACAGAGGGGCAAAGCCUCAGGGAUGAGGCAGGCCAAACGUCAUGGCCAGGCGUCUGGGGUCUGUGCUGCACACUAGCAGCAGUGCAGGCUGCUGUCCUUGCCAUCCCCUCCCACACCCGGGCAAGCAACAGGAGUGCAGUGGUGGUGGCACUGGUGUUAGCCUGGCUGUAAGCGUUGUGUGGUGAGGGACCACAGGCCAGCCUGCAAGACCUGGCCGGACCCCCCUCUGUUAUCCCAGUGGCAGGAUGGGGGGAGUGUGGGGGGAGUUUUGGCCCGAGGAUGAGGACAGGAGUACCCAGCCUGAGGGGAGCUGGAGGAAUGAAAAGGCAAGAGGAGGGCAGAGGUGCUGGCUCCAGUGCAGGGAGCAGCGGGGGCCAGGCUGAGGGCUCAGGCUGUGUUCGAGAGCUGGGAUGCUGCAGGGACGGGAACAGGCUGGCUAAGGCUCUGGUAAUCAUGUACUGUGGUGCUGCUGUCAUUGCUGCUUCGUGCCAUCUCUGCUCUGGAAAGAGAAUAAAUUUGUACUUAUACCGAGA